AUGGUCCAAGGAACUGCCCCGGAACAACCGUUGAAACGGAAACGUGGUCGCCCGCGCAAAGAAGGUGGACCAGCGAAACCUAAACCAGUCGUUCUCGACCAUACCGGUCAGCCUAGAAAGAGAGGUCGACCACGAAAAUACCCUCUUGAUACCACUGCCCCACCCGCUGCGAAACCACAGAACGUGAGUGAUGACAACUUGCAGAAGAGGGGUCGCGGGAGACCAAGGAAGAGUGACAGUUUGCCUCCAAAGCCUGUCGCAGCUCCAGGGCCAGAGCAAGGCCCAGAGGCAACUCCACGACGAGGAAGGCCCCGCAAAGAACAUGGCGCACAACCGGCAGAGGUGGUUCCUGAUGUGGCGGCGCAGACUGUCAUGCAGUCGAAGCGGGGACGUGGACGGCCCAAAAAAAGCGAAGGCACCAUUAUGACCGAAGAAGCGACACAACCCGUGAAGGCGCCAUCGGCGCUGGGACGUGGAAGACCAAAGAAGCUUAGUACGGCAACUUCCGGGUCAGCGAAUGGACUUGCUCAGCAGUCGUCAGCGUCGUCAGCCUCCAAUCCCCUUGCGAAAAUGGUUGUUGGAAGUUACGAACUCAAGUGUGCUACCGUGGAGAAUGAAUGGCCCCAUGUAGCAGUAGGCAUGGAAAUGACCAUCCUCGAGUCUGAAGAGACCUAUGGUCUUGGUUUCAUUGCUGGCUUCAACCUGGGGAUCGUAGAGGGCACAAUGCUGCUCGCAGCUGAUAAAGAGUCCCUUGAAAAACUCUACAACAAGAUGUCCAAAGGAGAAAAUCGGUCACUAUAUGGUACCUUCGGAAGUAACGAAAACGAUGGAGACGAUGGCGAUGAGGGUCGUACGUUCAAAAAACGCAAGACUUCAGCUGCUUCAUCUAAACGACUCUAUAUGUUCUGGCGAGGCCGCCAAACUGGCGAGGGGGAAAUCUACUCCGGACGGAACAACGGCCAUCUCGAUUUCUCAGAAAGCAAGAAAAUCGUCAGAUUCAAUGGUGUCGGCGGAUUCCCCGCUAUGGGAAAUGAAUGCAAAUUUUCGGGGGUUAAACGGAGCGAUGAAGUUUCUGUGCCUCCCCAGCCUUGGAGCGACUUUUCGGAGAGAGCUGCUGCUGAGGCCAGCGCUGCAAGAUGGCGUUGA